UUUAGUGAAAUAUUUAUUUUCUCUACUUAUUAAAAAGUAAUUGUUUCGUAGAUAUUCCCACUCCUAUCUCAUUUAAUUUCCGUAAAAUUUUACUCUAAGUAGUUGGACGAGACGCCAUAUAUAAAUAGAAAUAUAUUUUCAUUAAGACUUUAUUUACUUUGGGAAAAUAUACAAAAAAAAAAUUACUUAAUCAUCAUUUUCUCAUGUUUUUCAUAUUAUUUACAAACGGAUUUUAGUUAGCCUGACAUAUGCAGUUAAGUUUUCAACGAAACCUUGACUAACGCUUUACUCUCUUUAAAAGUAGAGGAAUUGUGAUUAAAUUUGACUUUCCAUCUCAAAUUAUCAACUCCAAUAUGGAAAAGGCUAGAGAAAACCAAAAGGGUGAGAAAACAAGGUCACAAAGCAGUAUUCAAGAAAAAUUAAGUCAACUUGCCGAAGAAGGCGAUUUAAAUUCUAUUAUGACUUUCGUUGCUAAUUCGCCUAGUUCAACUAGAGCGAGAUACAUCACAGUGUGUUUGAGAGAGCUAGCCGAGAGGGGUAAUGAAAUUACCUACCGACUCCUAAUCAAGAGGACAUUUGGCGAAUUUCGUGCGAAUCUAGAGGCAAAGUAUGAUGUUCUUGCAGCAAUAAAACUUCUUAAAGCUUUUUAUGAAACCGUAUCUGUCGAUGUAAUUUACAUAGAUAGGUCGUCAUUUUUGAAUAUAAUCAAAGAGGAAGCCUUAAAACUUGUCAAGCCUGGAAAAAAACUACCUAGUAUAAAUUGGGAAUUACAUAAGGCAAUUGCGUGCAAGAUGAAACAUUGUUUUUCUGCUGCAGUAAAAUGUUUCAUAGAAAGCAAAGAUUGGGGAGCAAUUUCUCUUAUUUUAAGAUCCAACUUUAGAGAAAAAAUCAGCUUAUGUGAAAGAAUUAUAGCAGAAAUCCAAACAGAAUAUGAUAUAAUGUCAAACGUUAUACGCAAGUGUCUAGAGAACAAAGUAACACUUAAAGCUCUUGUUAAAAUUAUUCGCUUUGACCUAUUGGAUACGGAGAGUAGGAGGAAACUAUUUUGCUCAGCUUUGAGUGAAAAUCGACCAGAAGUUAUUCAUUUUGGCAUAAAAGAAAAUUUAUUCAAGUUGCAAGGAGAUUUACUAGUUUUAACUUUCUCUUCUGAAUGCUUUGAAGAAUUACUAAACAGCUAUUUCGAUAUAUACAGAAAUUAUAUACAUCAACUAUUAACUGGUCGUUUUGGGUGUUGCUCGGACAGUAGGGCUUUACAUUAUCUAGUUGAUCCAAGAACUUUACAGAUACUUUUCAAGCACAAAGAAUUCGAUAAUAACCGAAUCUAUAAAGAUGAAAUGUUUAGAUUCUUAUUUGUUUCUUGCGAAAAUUUACUAUCCCCAUUCACUUGUAUGGAAAAUCGUUAUACGGCUGUUUCAGCUUUUUGUAUAUUGCUUGAUUAUAGUAAAAACAUUGGCGGACUCUCUCAGGAUGUUAUCAAUACCGCCUUUUCUACGAUAGUUUUCGCUAAUGGUACAAAAUUCGAAGAAUCUUUAGUAAACUUUCAAAUAUACGUCACCACAACUAUGACAUCACACGGUUAUACUUUUACCGAAUUGGAAUUGUCUCAAGAAUUUUUAGAUGGCUUAAAAGGAAGUAAAAAACUUUCCAACUUAUUAGAUCUACUAAUCGAAAUAUCGGAUCAAACCCAUUUCAAUAUCUUCAAUAGGAAAAUUAAAGGCAACAAUACUAUCAUGACUUUAAAGGGAAUGGCGAGACGAACUAUAAGACGGCAUGUGAAAAUACCAUUUCGAAGAAAUUUAAAACGUUUGAUUAGACAAUAUUGUUUACCGUUUAUUAUAGAGCAGCUGUUAAAUCUACACAAUGAAUUUGCUGAAUUGGAUGCACAUCCAAUCAAAUUCGAAAUAGACGAUCAGGAGGGAGUAACGUUUGUCGACGAAGAUGAGGCUAUCGCUUCUCCCGACUUUAUUCUUAUAGAGAACUUUAGUUUUUUUAGAGAUAUAAAUUGUUAUUGCGUUAAUAAUAAUAAUAAUAUCAUUGUUGAAGAAUUCCCGCCAUAUCCAAUUGAACCGGAGGUUGUUGCGCCUGCAGUUCAGGAAAUCGAACAAGAAGAUCUUACAAAAUUUUGCGAAGCAUUUGUAUAAUAAUUUAUGAAGUUUGUAUAUGAAAUGGAAAGAUAUCAACUAAAUGAUAAACUAACAAAGUAACAUAAUUAAAUCAACUAUUUGCCGAAAGAACCUUUAACCUAACAGCAAACUAUCGACAAACUCAAAUUUAUCCAUUUGCAGUUGUGCACGAAAAGUAAAUACAUCUUUUGAUAUUGUUUCAGAAUUAGAUUAAUUACAUGAUUUCUCUUGAUUUUUAUUA